GAGACAGUGCAGUGUGUUCCUGCUUGCCCAUUGAUUCAGUCACCUAGAAGUACCUGUAGGAUUGAAGCCAUGCUUAGGACUGUGGAUGAAUUUUUAUAAAUACUCUUUGUCAUGUCGAAUAUGCAUGAUUUACUUGCUUCUCUCCAAUUUAAAAGAAACUGUUCACUUGGACAGGGAAACGGAGGGUCUUUCAUUUUGUAGGUCCCGCCCCCCCCCCCCGUCUGGAUUCCUGCCAAAGGACCACCUGGCAUCACUGGGAGAAUUAACAUGGGGCAAUCAAUCACAACCCCUUUGAGUCUCACCCUCGACCAUUGGCAAGACGUCCGAAAUCGGGCAAAUAACCUCUCGGUAGAGGUCAAGAAGAAGAAAUGGAUAACACUCUGCACUGCAGAGUGGCCAACACUCAGUGUGGGCUGGCCUAAAGAAGGAACAUUUAACCCUGAUCUUAUAUUACAGGUGAAGUCCCAGGUUUUCGUCCGAGGUCCUCAGGGACACCCUGAUCAAGUACCCUACAUCCUUACCUGGGAGGAUUUGGCCUCUGACCCACCCCUUUGGGUUGCCCCUUUCUCUCCGCCUAAGCCUGAUCUAGGAUCUCCUUCCGAAGCCCCACCUCCACCUUCCCCUCCACUUAUCCCUCCUCAAAACUCCAGACUCUAUCCCAUUCUGGAUAAAUCUAGAAAGGUGACUCCGACAGGGACAAAACCCAAGAAGGUUUUACUGCCAGAAGACUCAACUCUCAUAGAUCUGAUGACUGAAGAACCCCCCCCCCCCAUCAGCCCCAACCCGCACCGGCUCCUGAUUCCAUCCAGGUUUCCUCGGAGGAAGAGGAAGAACAAGUAGAUCCUGUCACCAAUAACCCUCCGGGUCCAUCCCCAUGGUCGGGAGACUUCGUGGCCACCGGGAGCCUGCCGCCUCGGGAGAUGCAUCUAGAGUUUUCCUCUUGGGAGGCCCCAAUGGCCAGUAUCAGUAUUGGCCAUUCUCUGCCUCUGAUCUCUAUAACUGGAAAACACAUAAGCCAUCCUUUUCCAGUGACCCUGUAGCUCUAACUUCUCUGAUAGAAUCUAUUCUAGUGACUCACUGGCGGACAUGGGAUGAUUGCCAGCAGCUUCUACAGACCCUUCUCACUUCUGAGGAAAAACAGAAAGUUCUCCUGGAAGCCCAUAAAAAUGUGCCAGGGGAUGACGGGCGCCCCACUCAACUCCCAAAUUUGAUUAAUGAAGCUUUCCCCUUGACUCGGCCAGACUGGGACUAUAACACUGAUGCAGGUAGGAACCACCUACGUCUCUAUCGCCAGUUACUCAUAGCGGGUCUCCAUGGAGCAGGGCGACGGCCCACCAAUUUGGCUCAGGUAAGACAGACUACACAGGGACCGGAGGAAACUCCGACUGCAUUUUUAGAGAGACUAAAGGAAGCCUAUCAGAGGUACACACCUUUUGACCCCGACAGUGAGGAUCAGAGGGGAAACAUUUCUAUGGCCUUUAUUUGGCAGUCCGCUCCAGAUAUUAGGACUAAGUUACAAAGAUUAGAUGACUUACGAGAUUUUUCUCUAGCAGAUUUAUUGAGAGAAGCAGAAAAGAUUUUUAACAAAAGAGAGACUCCAGAGGAAAAGGAGGAAAGAAUCAGGAAAAUGCAGGAGGAAAGAGAUCUCAAAUUUAAGGAAGAAUUAGACAAGAGAGAUCGGAAGCAUAAUAAAGAAUUAAGUAAGAUAUUGGCCACUGUAGCUCAGGCAGGGCAACGAGGAGAUAAGACAGGCAAGGAAAGGAAACGGGGCAGACCCCGUGUAGACCGAGACCAAUGUGCCUACUGCAAGGAAAGGGGACAUUGGGUAAAGGACUGCCCAAAGAAACCCCCCAACCCCAGAAGAGGUACAAACCGGACCCCUCAAUUGCUAGCCUUGGAUCUUUUGGUUUUUGUUGAUACUUUCUCCGGGUGGGUAGAAGCGUUUCCUACCCGCCAUGAAACUGCUAAAGUUGUUGCUAAGAAAUUACUGGAAGAAAUUUUUCCAAGGUAUGGGGUACCUGAAACAAUUGGGUCGGACAACGGGCCUGCCUUUGUCUCCCAGGUAAGUCAGGCCAAUGCAUUGGGGAUUAAUUGGAAAUUACAUUGUGCUUAUAGACCCCAAAGUUCAGGACAGGUAGAAAGAAUGAAUAGGACCAUCAAGGAGACUUUAACCAAAUUAACGCUUGAAACUGGCACUAGAGACUGGGUACAACUUCUACCCUUAGCCUUAUACCGGGCCCAGAAUACCCCAAGCCCUCAGGGACUAACCCCAUUUGAAAUUCUGUACGGUGCCCCACCACCUGCUAUUAACAAACUGAAAUCUAUGCCUCCCUUACCCCAUCUAUGCAGACUCAUUUGCGCGCAUUGCAAUUGGUCCAGAACGAGGUUUGGAAACCAUUGGCAGCGGCAUAUAAGGAAGAACUCAAAGCCUCCUUGGUGCCACAUUCGUUCAAAAUCGGGGACACCGUCUGGGUAUGCAGGCAUCAGAAUAAGAACCUUGAACCACGGUGGAAGGGACCCUAUACCGUCCUGCUGACCACUCCUACUGCAAUCAAAGUGGACGGCAUCGCCGCCUGGAUCCACGCUUCCCACUUGAAGGUUGCACAUCCGCAAGACUCAACGGUCACCCCUCCAGAUCCAGAAUGGAAGUUGCAACGCACUCAAAACCCGCUAAAGAUAAGACUUACGCGCUGCUAACUGUUCUUGCUUUCUGCUUGCCCCCCAUGGUCUUAGGUAAUAGUCCCCAUAUUUCCAAAACUUUAAUCUGGACUGUAAGUAAUGUAGAGACAGGCAAGAAGAUGACUCUAGCUCAGGGAUAUCAUGCUUUAAAUACCUGGUGGCCAGACUUAACCUUUGAUCUCUGCAAACUAGCUGAGGGAUCUUGGCAAAAUACGCAGAGAGAUAAAGGGGACACCUACCCUCCUUGCAGGUUCCGAUCAUGGUAUCUGUGCCCAGGGCGUUCUCGCACCUGGCAAUGUGGGGGACCUGAACACUACUUCUGUGCCUCAUGGGGUUGCGAGACCAGCUCCAAUGGAUAUUGGCUAAAAGGAAAACCUAGAAAUGACUAUGUACAAUUCUCCGAGACAACUACAGGAGAAUCGAAUAUAACCAUCAAAUUUACGGAGGAAGGAAAGAAGCAGAUAGGUUGGCUCCAAGGAUAUUUAUGGGGAGCCCGCUUGUAUACCCCAAGUCAAUAUAAUCCAGGUCUUUUGCUCCGACUCCAGUUGGAGACCAGAGAUGAAAUGAGACACGUAGGCCCCAACUCAGUACUUGCUGAACAGAGAGUUCCAUCUCAAUCUCUGUUACCUGUUGUCAUGACACCAUCAGCAAACCAUUCGCCUGCCAGCAGUAUCAGCCCUCCAAACACGACUUACCCCCUGCUUCCGGUACUGGGGAUCGAUUCUUAAGUUAAUCCAAGGAGCAUAUUAUGCCCUCAACUCUACCAACCCUAACUGGACCCAGGAUUGCUGACUGUGUCUCACUUCUAGCCCCCCCCCCCAUUAUGAGGGAAUUGCCACAGUUUCAAAUUGGACCAAUAGCAGUAGUCCAGACAGUAAGUGUUCUUCCUUACCAAGCUCCAAGCUAACCAUCACUGAGGUUUCAGGACAGGGGAUCUGCAUAGGGAACGUACCUCCACUCCACCAACCACUCUGUAAUACCACCCUCCAAGUGAUAGGCUUCCAAAAUAGCUAUUUGUGGGGCCCCAACGGGACUUACUGGGCUUGUAAUACUGGACUGACCCCCUGCAUUUCUACGGCUGUCCUCAACGCAUCCACUGAUUUUUGUGUGUUAAUACAAUUAUGGCCUAGGAUAUCAUAUCUAAGAUCAGACUACGUCCUAGGACAUCCGGAAGGGCAAAAGCGGUAUCCUAGGGAGCCCAUAAGCCUGACUAUAGCCAUACUGCUGGGCGUUGGAGGAAUAGCCGCAGGGGUAGGAACAGGAACUGCAGCCUUAGUGCAGGGGAGCCAAUUCUUACAUUUACAAGCAGCUAUGAACGAAGAUUUAACUGCCAUGGCUAAAUCUAUUACGGCCCCAGAGAAGUCCGUCUCUUCCCUUUCAGAGGUGGUAUUGCAAAAUAGGAGAGGAUUAGAUUUACUGUUCCUUAGAGAAGGUGGCCUCUGUGUGGCCCUAAAAGAACAAUGUUGUUUCUAUGCUGACCAUAUGGGGGUUGUCAGAGAAACUAUGGAAAAAGUCACAGAAAGAUUGGCAAAGACACAGAAGGAAUUCAAAAAUCAACAGGGAUGGUUUGAGCACUGGUUUAGUAAAUACCCCUGGUUAACAACCUUGUUAUCCGCUAUAGCUGGACCUUUGGUUAUUUUACUGAUAAUCCUAACGUUUGGGCCUUGCAUACUCAACAGAUUAGUACAAUUUAUAAAAGAAAGAUUAUCCAUAAUCCAAACCAUGGUCCUUACUCAGCAAUACCAGUUGUUCCAGCAACAAGCAGGGUUGCAGACAGAUCUGGUCCAAGAGCCUGAACAGGCAGAACAGUGGAUAUAAGAUUCUAUCCAUGACAUAGAAAAAGGGGGAAUGAGAGACCCUAGCCCAGUUACCUAAGGCCAAGAUAUGAAAUCAAGAUACCGGGCAUGUCAUAAACAGGCUCAGGCGCCAGACGUGCUUUCCACAUAACCGGUUAAGAAGGAACAUAGCACCCACAUCCUGGGGCAUGCAUGAACAAACAGGAACAGAUAAGCAAGAACAGAACCACGGAAUGUAAACCUGUGGGUUUUCCGGGAACAUAAAGUGAAAAACAACCUUACCCCCUAGGUGACCUAUAUGCUAGAUUUAAAGAAACCAAUAAGAAACCUGUUGCUUCCCGCGCACACGAAACCUGUCCUAAACCCUAUAAAAAUCUCUGUAUCCCCAAGCCCGGUGUGCCAGUUCACCAAAGCUCCGGCUGAGGUUCUGCUGGGCACCCGCAGGCGCCUAUGUCUCAAUAAACCACCUCUUGCUUUUGCAGCCAGUGUUUCGUGUGAUUCUCCUUGGACAGGGAAAAGGAGGGUCUUUCAGAAUCAAAUCAAAAGGGUUAUUGACACUGUUAGGAUGGUCUAGGGAGUGAGGACUGAACUGAGAUCCACUGGGUAAUAGGAACGAAGUCUGUGGGCCCACAGAUGGACUUCUACUUCAGUGCUCUUGAAUCUUUUCCUAAGCUCUUUGGCAGCCUGGCUGUACCUUCAGAUGCUAUCCUAAUUCCCAUCUUUGUGUUUGUGUAAAAUUUUGAUUUAAAAAGUCAUUGUGAAAUUUUUGUGAUCACAUUUAAAUUUAUUUAAUGACUUCUUAUGACCACCUCUACACCUCUAACAGUUCCUCCUAGGAUAUGCACUGUCUGAUAAAGUAGAGCGACUUGUAACAUUGGAAAUAUGGAUGUUGCUCCUAAGGACUGAAUUUUUUUAAUGUGGUUUAAUUUAAAAAGCUACUCUGCAUUAAUUGGGAAAUAUCAGGUAUAUUUGAGCAACUCAUGACAUUAAUUUAUGAUUGUAAUUUUAAGGCUGAUACAGUGACCUCCAAUAAAAUGUAAAUAUUAUUUGAGUAAAAUAUACACCAAAUGAAGAUUUGCAAAAAGUGUGAAAUAUUUCAGUAAAAACAAUGUUUGGUAUUAUUUUGUAUUCCAUAGGUAGUCGUAUCAGGAUCUUCUUUUCCUCCUGUGUUUGGGGUUUCUUAUUAAAUGUUGAUGGCAUAGGUUUCAAAA